UGCAAUUUCACCCCCGAACGCGGAGUCUCCGCAUUCCAUCCGGAUCUGGCUCUGAGAGGUACAGAGUUGCACAGCCCCAGGUACAGCCUUAGCACCCGCACUCCCUCCAGCCACUAUGGCCAACGCUUUCACCACCGACAGCAACUAUAAAGCCUUGGUGGACUGGCACAAACGGAAGUGUGCCAGCCUCAAACUGCGGAAAAUGUUUGAGGAGGACCCCGACCGGUUCAGCCGCUUCAGUUUAACCCUCAAGACAGAUGAUGGAGACAUCUUGCUGGAUUAUUCAAAGAACCUGAUCACUGAUGAAGUAUUAAAGAUGCUGAUUGACCUGGCAAAAUCCAGGGGUGUCGAGAAAGCAAGGGAGCGCAUGUUCACCGGGGAGAGGAUUAACUUCACAGAAAACCGAGCCGUGCUUCAUAUAGCACUGAGGAACCGCACCAAUAUCCCCAUCCUGGUGGACGGUAAAGAUGUGAUGCCACAAGUGAAUGCUGUGCUGGAGAAAAUGAAGAAUUUCUGCCAGAGAGUCCGUGGUGGAGAAUGGAAAGGAUACACUGGAAAGACUAUCACUGAUAUCGUUAAUGUCGGGAUUGGGGGCUCGGACCUGGGCCCACUUAUGGUCACUGAAGCGCUCAAACCCUAUGCCAAGGGGGGGCCCAAGGCCUGGUUUGUGUCCAACAUUGAUGGCACCCACAUGGCAAAGACCCUGGCAGAGCUGAACCCUGAGACCACCCUCUUUAUCAUCGCAUCCAAGACCUUCACCACCCAAGAGACUAUCACCAACGCUGAGUCAGCAAGAGAGUGGUUCCUGGCAGCUGCAGGUGAUCCUGCAGCUGUUGCCAAGCAUUUUGUUGCCUUGUCGACGAAUGUGGAAAAAGUGAAGGCGUUUGGGAUCGAUCCAGCGAACAUGUUUGAAUUCUGGGAUUGGGUUGGGGGCCGUUACUCUCUAUGGUCGGCCAUUGGUCUCUCCAUUGCUCUCCACGUGGGAUUUGAAAACUUUGAGCAGUUACUGAAAGGAGCCCAUUGGAUGGAUCACCAUUUCCACUGCACUCCGCUGGAACAGAAUGCCCCUGUGCUGCUGGCUCUGCUCGGGAUAUGGUACACUAAUAUCUACAAUGUGGAGACUCAUGCACUGCUACCCUAUGAUCAGUACCUGCAUCGAUUUGCUGCGUAUUUCCAACAGGGCGAUAUGGAAUCUAACGGCAAGUACAUCACCAGCCAAGGGACUCGGGUGGACUACAACACUGGGCCCAUAGUGUGGGGCGAGCCAGGCACCAAUGGGCAACAUGCUUUCUACCAGCUGAUCCACCAGGGAACCCGGAUGAUUCCCGCUGACUUCCUUAUCCCUGUACAGACCCAGAAUCCAAUCCGGAAUGGGCUGCAUCACAAGAUUCUCCUGGCGAAUUUCCUGGCUCAGACCGAAGCUUUAAUGAAGGGCAAGUCUGCAGAGGAAGCUCGUAAGGAGCUGGCUGGUGCUGGUCUCAGUGGUGAUGUGCUUGAGAAGCUGGUUCCUCACAAGGUCUUUGAGGGCAAUCGACCAACCAACUCCAUAGUCUUCAAGAAGCUGACUCCCUAUCUUCUAGGAGCUCUGAUUGCAAUGUACGAACACAAGAUCUUUGUGCAAGGAGUCAUCUGGGACAUCAACAGCUAUGACCAGUGGGGAGUGGAAUUGGGAAAGCAGCUGGCCAAAGCGAUCGAGCCGGAACUGGCCACUUCAGACCAAGUGACUUCUCACGACAGCUCCACCAAUGGACUGAUCAAUUUCAUCAAGAAGAACAGAGGCUGAGCCUGUAGCAAGAGACAUCCAAAUCCAUCAAAGAACAUUACCACAGCCCCUCCCCCCCCCCCCCCCCCCCCAACUGUAGGAACUGUAUUGUAACUGUGUGGCAGGAGCUUUUUAUUGUGUGCUCAGUUUAAUCUUCACCAUGUCCUGCUGAAUCCCUAUUCGAUAUCAUAGGUGAUACCAGCAACUCCUCAUCUAUUUUAUCUGCAGACCAGGUCUGCCGGUGUGAGUCACAGCCAUCAAGUGUGUCUGUGGGCAGGUGGAUCUCUGUCUCCCCAGGGGUGUGUGUCUCUGUCUGUAUGUAUCUCUCUUGCUCUCUGUAGGCUGGUGUUUGGUGUCUGUCUGUUACAUGCUCUCUCCAGGAGAGUGUGGAUCUCAGUCUCUGGGGUGGGCGUGGAGUCUGCACACUGUAAGUGGAAGUCAGUUUACAUAUUAGAGAUGGCUUAACCCUGCACACUCUCUCUCUUGAAAAUAGAGUAAAUAUUAAAAUUUCCAUCACAAA